UCACAAGUUAUAAUAACAACAAAAUUCCAUCUUUUGUCUGAAAGGGUAGAGAUUUCAAGAGACAUAUAUCUUCUAGAUCAUUAUUCUCCGGCGAAUAUUCCGAAAAAAUUGAUCAUGAUCUCCAUCGUAAUCAUUACUGAGCUACUAGUGGAGUACACGACGGCUCUGGGUAAACUCACCGCCGGGAUUCUUCCGAGACGGCAAGGUGAUGGGAACGUCGUUCGGAUUGGCAGUUUCUCUAUAUAUUGUCCUCCUAGAUCAUCACCGAUUCCGGAUUUUUCUUCUCAUCUCGUCGAUUUCUGAUAUGUGACGAUUGUGGAUUUUUUUUCUUUCUUUUUACUACUUUUUUGAUCGAGGUUUUUUUCUCUUUUUCUUACACCCUUUUAUUUAAUUAAUUUGAAGAGUGACAGCUGAAGAUGUUUUUUAAUUCCCAUUGGAUAUUAUAUAAUAGAAAACUAUGAUUUUGAUAUC